AACCCCCGAUUCUUCCAGGCUGGAGCUUCUGCAGCUCACGCUCCUCCUCCCGCUCCCCACCCCCCAGCCAGCCGCGGCCCAGUACCAGCGUGUGGUCCCGCGAGGGGAGCGGUCGGUACCUCGUGCUCACGAGACGGCCGUGGUCCGCGCUCGUGGCGCGUGGCACUGGCCAUGGCGAUGGAUCAAGUGAACGCGUUGUGUGAGCAGCUGGUGAAAGCGGUGACGGUCAUGAUGGACCCCAGCUCCACCCAGCGCUAUCGGCUGGAAGCCCUCAAGUUUUGUGAAGAGUUUAAAGAAAAGUGCCCUAUCUGUGUCCCCUGUGGCUUGAGGUUGGCUGAGAAAACACAAAUUGCCAUCGUCAGACAUUUUGGCCUUCAAAUCCUGGAACACGUUGUCAAGUUUCGGUGGAACAGCAUGUCUCGAUUGGAGAAGGUCUAUCUGAAGAACAGUGUCAUGGAGCUGAUUGCAAAUGGAACACUGAAUAUUUUGGAAGAAGAGAACCAUAUUAAGGAUGUUUUGUCUCGAAUUGUAGUAGAAAUGAUCAAGCGGGAGUGGCCACAGCACUGGCCUGAUAUGCUAAUAGAACUGGACACCCUUUCCAAACAAGGGGAAACACAGACAGAAUUAGUGAUGUUUAUCCUUCUACGACUGGCAGAGGAUGUAGUGACCUUUCAGACACUACCCCCUCAAAGAAGAAGGGAUAUCCAGCAAACAUUAACCCAGAACAUGGAAAAGAUCUUCAGUUUUCUACUUAACACGCUUCAAGAAAAUGUAAACAAGUACCGACAAGUGAAGACAGAUAAUUCUCAGGAGUCAAAGGCCCAAGCAAACUGUCGAGUAGGAGUCGCAGCGCUGAAUACUCUAGCAGGCUACAUUGACUGGGUGUCCAUGAGUCAUAUCACUGCUGAAAACUGUAAGCUUUUAGAGAUGCUCUGCCUGCUUCUGAAUGAACAGGAACUUCAGUUGGGAGCAGCUGAGUGUCUUCUCAUUGCAGUCAGCAGAAAAGGCAAGUUGGAAGACCGGAAGCCCUUGAUGGUCUUAUUUGGGGAUGUUGCCAUGCAUUAUAUACUCUCGGCUGCACAGACUGCUGAUGGAGGAGGCUUGGUAGAAAAACACUAUGUCUUCCUGAAGAGACUCUGUCAGGUGUUGUGUGCUCUGGGCAAUCAGCUGUGUGCAUUACUGGGUGUGGAUUCUGAUGUAGAAACACCAGCAAACUUUGGAAAAUACCUGGAAUCUUUCCUUGCUUUCACAACCCAUCCAAGUCAGUUUCUACGUUCUUCAACUCAAAUGACUUGGGGGGCCCUUUUCCGGCAUGAGAUCCUAUCCCGUGACUCUUUGCUAUUAGCAAUAAUACCAAAAUAUCUUCGUGCUUCUAUGACUAACUUGGUCAAGAUGGGCUUUCCUUCUAAAACAGACAGCCCUAGCUGUGAAUACUCUCGGUUUGAUUUUGAUAGUGAUGAGGACUUCAAUGCUUUCUUCAACUCGUCCCGGGCCCAACAAGGAGAGGUAAUGAGGUUAGCAUGUCGUUUGGAUCCUAAGACUAGCUUCCAGAUGGCUGGGGAGUGGCUAAAGUAUCAGCUGUCAACUUCUGUUGAUACUGGAUCCAUGAACUCUGGAACUGGAGAAGGCAGCCUCUGCUCCAUCUUCUCAUCUUCAUUCGUGCAGUGGGAAGCCAUGACUUUUUUUUUGGAAAGUGUGGUCAACCAGAUGUUUCGGACACUAGAUAAAGAAGCAGUUCCUGUUAAUGAUGGAAUAGAGCUGUUGCAAAUGGUCCUGAACUUUGACACCAAGGAUCCUCUCAUCCUGUCCUGUGUCCUCACUAAUGUCUCAGCACUCUUUCCAUUUGUCACCUACAGACCAGAGUUCCUGCCCCAGGUCUUCUCUAAGCUAUUUUCAUCUGUCACUUUUGAAACUGUUGAAGAAAGUAAGGCCCCCAGAACCCGGGCAGUGAGGAAUGUGAGGAGACACGCUUGUUCCUCCAUCAUCAAGACUUGUCGUGACUACCCCCAGCUCGUACUGCCCAAUUUUGACAUGCUUUAUAACCAUGUGAAACAACUCCUCUCCAAUGAGUUACUCUUGACACAAAUGGAGAAGUGUGCCCUCAUGGAAGCCCUGGUUCUCAUUAGCAACCAGUUCAAGAACUACGAGCGUCAGAAGGUGUUCCUAGAGGAGCUGAUGGCACCAGUGGCCAGCAUCUGGCUUUCUGAAGACAUGCACAGAGUGCUGUCAGAUGUUGAUGCUUUUAUUGCCUAUGUGGGCGCCGAUCGGAAGAGCUGUGACCCAGGCCCGGAGGAUCCCUGUGGUCUAAACCGCGCACGAAUGAGCUUUUGUGUAUAUAGCAUUCUGGGUGUUGUGAAACGAACUUGCUGGCCCACUGACCUAGAAGAAGCCAAAGCUGGGGGAUUCGUGGUGGGUUAUACGCCCAGUGGAAAUCCAAUCUUCCGUAACCCCUGCACAGAACAGAUUCUGAAACUUCUUGACAAUUUGCUUGCCCUUAUAAGAACUCACAAUACUUUAUAUGCAUCAGAAAUGCUGGCCAAGAUGGCAGAGCCUUUCACAAAGGCUCUGGAUAUGCUUGAAGCGGAGAAAUCUGCAAUUUUAGGCUUACCUCAACCUCUCUUGGAACUGAAUGACUCUCCUGUCUACAAAACGGUCUUGGAAAGAAUGCAGCGUUUCUUCUGCACCCUCUAUGAAAACUGUUUCCAUAUUCUCGGGAAGGCGGGUCCUUCCAUGCAGCAGGACUUCUACACUGUGGAGCACCUUGCUACUCAGCUCCUCAGCUCGGCCUUUGUCAACUUGAACAAUAUUCCUGACUACCGACUCAGACCCAUGCUUCGGGUCUUUGUGAAGCCUCUGGUGCUCUUCUGUCCCCCGGAGCACUACGAAGCCCUGGUGUCUCCAAUCCUUGGACCUCUUUUCACCUACCUCCACAUGAGGCUUUCCCAGAAAUGGCAAGUCAUCAACCAGAGGAGCCUGCUGUGUGGGGAAGAUGACACCACAGAUGACAACCCAGAGUCUCAAGAGAUGUUAGAAGAACAACUGGUGAGGAUGUUAACCCGAGAAGUCAUGGACCUAAUCACCGUGUGCUGUGUUUCAAAGAGAAGCGCUGACCAUGGUACUGCACCCCCUACAGAUGGAGAUGAUGAAGAGAUGAUGGCCACAGAGGUCGCCCCCUCCACCAUGACGGAGCUUACAGACCUGGGCAAAUGUCUAAUGAAGCAUGAGGAUGUUUGUACGGCGCUAUUAAUUACAGCCUUCAAUUCCCUUGCCUGGAAGGAUACUCUGUCCUGCCAGAGGACGACCACCCAGCUCUGCUGGCCUCUGCUCAAACAAGUGCUGUCAGGGACACUGCUCGCAGAUGCUGUCACGUGGCUUUUCACCAGCGUGUUGAAGGGCUUACAGACGCACGGGCAGCACGAUGGCUGCAUGGCUUCCCUGGUGCACCUGGCCUUCCAGAUCUACGAGGCACUGCGUCCCAGGUACCUGGAGAUCAGAGCUGUGAUGGAACAGAUCCCGGACAUACAGAAGGACUCUCUGGACCAGUUUGACUGCAAGCUGUUGAACCCCUCUCUGCAGAAAGUGGCUGACAAGCGCCGGAAGGACCAAUUCAAACGCCUCAUUGCUGGCUGCAUCGGGAAACCCUUGGGAGAGCAGUUCCGAAAAGAAGUUCACAUUAAGAAUCUUCCCUCACUUUUCAAAAAAACGAAGCCAAUGCUGGAGACGGAGGUGCUGGACAACGAGGAGGGUGGCCUGGCCACCAUCUUUGAACCCUGAAUCAAACUUUUGGGCAUUCUU